UACUUACUUUCUUCACUGUAUGUGCAUGAAUGAGAAGGGCGGAGGAGGAAGACUGAAGCUCCAGGGAGAAGAGAUAGCGAGGGUGGACGACUUCAAAUACUUGGGGUCAACAAUACAGAGCAAUGGUGAGUGUGGUAAGGAAGUGAAGAAAUGGGUCCAAGCGGGAUGGAACAGUUGGCGGAAGGCAUCUGGUGUGUUAUGUGACAGAAGAGUAUCAGCUAGGAUGAAGGGCAAAGUUUAUAAAACAGUGGUGCGGCCAGCCAUGAUGUAUGGAUUAGAGACCGUGGCUCUGAAGAAACAACAGGAAGCAGAACUGGAGGUAGCAGAAAUGAAGAUACUGAGUUUCUCGCUUUGUGUGAACAGGUUGGAUAGGAUUAGAAAUUAGCUCAUUAGAGAGACAGUCAAAGUUGGAUGUUUUCGAGACAAGGUUCGAGAGAGCAGACUUCGAUGGCUUGGAUAUGUUCAGAGGCGAGAGAGUAAGUAUAUUGGUAGAAUGGUGGUGAGGAUGGAGCUGGCAGGCAAAAGAGCGAGAGGAAGACCAAAGAGAAGGUUGAUGGAUGUUGUAAGGAAGGACAUGAGGACAGUGGGUGUUAGAGAGGAGGAUGCACGAGAUAGGCUUCGAUGGAAAAAGAUGACACGCUGUGGUGACCCCUAACUGGACAAGCUGAAAGAAGAAGAAGAUUCACUGACAUCUGAAUCUCCACCACUGUUGAGCUAUCCUCGUCACAGCGUUCCUGUGCCACCACAGUCUAGUCCUGUCUUAGUUUUUGUUUGAUGGUCAUCGUCAAGUCCUAGUUUACGUUUCCUAGUUUGUCUCCUAGUCAUCAGACCUCGCGUUACGUUUUUGGAUCCUGCCUUAGCGUUUUGUGUCUCUGCCUUUUCGGACUGCUUACACCGUAUAUGACCCUAUUUCUUGAAUAAACCACGCCUAACAUCGUGCUCGUAUCUCGCAGUCCUGCAUUUGGGUCAAGCCCUGCACUGCAGGUUCGUGACAGAACAGACUGACCAUUACAGGACCCAGCAGGAAAGACGCCGCGUCGCCGGGGAUGGCGCCAGGCACGCCCCCUGCCUGAAGACCAAGCAUAUCCUAUCCAGGUGAGCUCCAAGAUGUCGUCCCCUCCUUCCUUGUCACACGCACCGCCCGCGUGUCAUGAUUACGUCCCGACCACGACCCGCUCACCACUGUAUAUUUUUUUGGACUCGGAUUUUUCGGAUUAUGAGGAAGACCUGAAUUUAUAUGACCGGCAGCCUGAUUCUGACUCGGACAACGAAGGCAAAUUCUCCCUCCUUAUUUGAAAUCAUGCAUACUUCUCUGUGAUUUCGUUUUGCGGUCCCGCGCCUCUUGGUUCCGAGUGCCUUUGCCCUGUGAGCCCAAGUCCUCUUCACCUAAUCCGUUCCUGGGGACCCGUUUGGCCAUCUAUCCGGGUCCUCAACGUGGCGGCCAGAGGAGACGCCCAAGUAGGGUGCCGCCUUGCAGAGCAGUUAGAGCAGCAGAGGGCGGAACUUGUGGCCCUCACGAACCAGGUUUGGUGAAAAUUAGACUACCGGCCAAACCAAGCCCACGUUGCGGUCGUGAUUGACCCGCUACCAAGUCAAACUCAUGUCGCGGUGGCAACUGACCCACCGCCACGCCACAUCCACAUUGCAGUGGCGACAGACUUCCUGGCGUACCACGUUGGCCAAACAAAAAAUAAAUAUAUUAACAUUUUGUUUUUUAUGAUUAUUGUUUCAGGCAAGCCAGCACAGCUGUAUGAUUCCACUAAUCCAGACUGGGUUCCAACCAACAACAAGGAAAUCAGUGGAAUAUCUAAGGCCAAACAAAAAUAAUUUUGUGUUUCCAGUACACAGACUAAGAAAACUCGAGUCGAUGUGGCAACCUCAAGAGGACCCAGUCAAGUGAAAGAGUCAAGGGACAUCAGGAACCUGAAAGACCAACGGAGACAGCGUUGACGGAGACAGCGUUGACAUGAUUUUUUUCUUUUGGACAUUAACGUCCCUUCCCCAUGUUCUCUUAGCUUUGAGUGAACUUCCCCAACCAGUCAACAUCUUGAUCAUCUCCGUUAACUUCAUUCAUAUGGUAACGUGGGAAGCUGGACCAGGCACACCUGCGGAUCUUUAUUACCAAAUCAGUAUCAAUACAGACAUAGGUACUACCUGGGUCUCAGUGGCUGCCUGUCAGCAUGUCCAGUACCCAUUGGUUUGCAACAUGACAGAGGCCUUCUCCGAUCCAAGGCAUGUCUACAUAACCCAAGUUACAGCCAAGCGGAAUGGUCAGACCUCUCGACCACUGACACACUCAGGAUUCCAGCCCAUCAGAGACACUCAUCUGGACCUACCACUGGUGGUUGUGACUCCCUGUGGAAAAAAUCUGUGUUUGGACCUUCUGCCUCAACUACAGCAUCUGAGGGAAUUCUACAGCUCACUCAGUUACCAAAUCAGGAUCAAGAGCAGUGGUGCAGACAGCGCUCUGUUCUUUCAGGAAACCAAAUCUCUGAAGGGAAAUGUUCUGAAAGACCUUGCUCCCGGCAGGCAAUACUGCAUCUCCGUCCGGUUCUUUGACAGCUUCGUCCCAAGGAAGUCCAACUACAGCCACCAUUAUUGUGCCGUGACCCCAGGAAUUUACAAAUCAGACUUGCAGAUCUCAGCUGUAUUGUGUACUUUCUCCAUUGGUGGUCUUAUCAUUGUGAGCCUCCUGGCCUAUACUGGAUUCUUCUGUCUGAGAAAGAGUCAUGUGCCUGCUGUUCUGACAUCCAUCCAUCACACUGAAGAGGACCAGGUUGUUGCGCCCCAGAAUGCCUUCUUGUCUUCCCUCUCAAUUGUACCAACACUGCCCUUUCCAAGUGAAGAGAAGGACUGUCAAACAUCAGACCUUUGGGAUGUAGAAGACUCUUCUGGAUAUGGUAGUGGUUACAAAAUGCGUUUGGCUUCCAACGUACUCUCCUCGUUAUCAUCAUCAUCAUCAUCCCCAACACUUCCUCUAUCAUCUGAGCCUGAACCACUGCCAAGAAACACUUCAAAUUCAAACUUUGGCUUUUUCUCUGUCGGUGUUUUUUGUCCACAGGCUCAAGCCUAUUUAAAUGAUGCAUCCAAACACUCAAGCAUAAACACAGCCUCACUUUCUGACUGUCUCUUGAACUCAGCCCACAGUCUAGUUUCAGAACAAGUUAGUUUAACUCCAAAGAGUAUACAGCCAAUUGAGGUGAAAAAUGUGGUGGGUGGAAAAACAGAUAACGGAGAUGUUAACCUCCACUCUCUAAUUUUGGGUAGGUAUGUGGAGGAAGAGGAGGAGAAAAAUAUUUUUGACCAAGAUACCAUCGAUUGGCAGGAGCAUGACAGAAUGUCAGUGAUUGUGCCAGAGACUUGCAACAAUACUGACGAACCCGUUGAAAGAACCUCUUCCCCUGUUGAUGAAAAAGACCAGCAAGUUGAACAAGUUUUAUACAUGAGGCGCCCAUCAUCUAUCUUGUAGGAUAUACUACGUAGUGUUGGUUAAUUUUGUGUUAGCUGGUAAAAGUACUGAUCAAAAUUCAUUUUCAUAAAAUAGCACACUUUAAAACUCUUACAGUGCUUUAGAGUUAAUUUGGGAUGAAUUUACAGUGAUGUGAAAAAGUAUUGGAUUUCCUGAUUUCUUAAUUUUUUUUUUUUGCAUAUCAUACAAAUGGUUCAAAUCAUCAAACCAGUUUUAAUAUCACUCAUAGACAACCCAAGGCAAUACAGAAUGCAGUUUUUAAAUGAGAAUUCAAUUUAUUAAGGCACAAAUAAAACAUUUCUGACCCUCCUUUAAAAAAAAGUAAUUGCCUCCCCCCCUUUGUUAAAAAUCACAAAGUCACUGUGACUCAGCACAAAUUUAGGAAAGGUGAGUCUCGAAAAGGUUACAGAGCCAUUUCCAAGGCUUUGGAACUCCAGUGAACCACUCUCAGAGCCAUUAUCAGCAAAUAGAGAAAAUUGGCAACAGUGGCAAUGUCAAGACCCAUCGGUACGAAGGAGGACCCAAAUGCAGGACUACGGACACGCAGAGGCAGUUUGGGAAAAGUGUUCCAAUGUCGGGGAUCAGGCAGACAGUCAAGUAGAGCAGUGGUAAUUAAGACGUCAGGCGUAGAGAGCAGGUCCACGGGCAAGCAGGGGUCACAACACGGGAGCUCGAUCAGAGAUAGCAUGAGUAUCAAUUACAUCAAGCCAGACCGUCCACUGGGUCCUAUAUUUACACAGGGGUUAAUCACUGCCGAUGAGGCACAGGUGUGCGCCUCCUUAUCAGUGCAGCUGUGCGGGGACCCGCCAUGACAGUACGCCCCCUCUAAGACGGGGAUCCCAGACGUCCCUAAACAAAAGAAACAUACAUACAAAAAUUAACAUGUCCAGGGGCGGGUGGAAGGGUAUCUGGGGGAGGGCCCCUCCCCUCCCCCAACCCUAGUCUCUUGUGAGCAAGGCGUCUGGCUGGACAGGUCAGGAGGACGACACGGACGACAAGCACCAGGGUCCCUACGGGUGAUUCGGGUAGACGUCCUCGAGCAGGAACCCAACGGCGAAGCAGGAACCAGACAAAAGCAUGCAACUGCUCCGGACGAAGGCCUCCCAAGAUGCGGUUGCGAGACGACCAGGUCUCGGUCGCCACUGAGGCUCGGUCGGGAGGUGGCCAGGGGCCGGUCGCCACCGAGGCUUCAUCAUGAGGCGGCCGGGGAUCUGUUGCUGCCGAGGCUAGGUCAUGUAGCGGAUGGGAAUCAUCAGGAGUGAGGAGGACGACGGAGAGAAUGACCAAAGCCAUGACCGCCACGAUCACAAUCAUAGCAAUUCCGAUGCCCUUCCAGUUUCGGCGUGGCCCAUCUGAACUGCCCAGCUCCUGUCGCUGUCGAGACAGGGGGGUGGGAUGGCCGCGGGCCGGUCGCCGCCGGUAUUGGAACGAAGGGGACUGUGAUGCCAUAGCCGUCUGCUGGACAGGAAUGUGAGGGUGUCGAUGAGCCGUCGCCACCUGCCGGACCGGAAUGUGAAGCAGCUGCGGAGCCAUUUACCCCUCCUGGACAGGAACGCGAGGCGGCUGUGAGCCAUCGCCACGUCCUGGACAGUAACGUGAGGCGGCUGCGGAGACAUCGCCACCUCCUGGACAGGAACGCGUGAUUUGGAGAGUGGCUCCUGAAACACCACAGGUGGCAGAACGCUGCGUUGUUUCUCUUUCAGUGUUUGCCUUGGCACUCCUGAACUGGGCGCUUGUUCAUGAAUGAGAGUCGACUCCUUCAGACAGAAUCCGACUGGCUCAUAGUCAGGGAUCCCGGAGGAGAACUGGCAGACACUAGAGGGCAUGAACAGAUCCUUCUUGGGAAUAGCAUGGAGCGACGGGAAUAAUAAAGUCCUCCCCCUCUUAACUGGAGGAAAAUAGAUCGCCUCAUCUUUAUCUGAAUUCACUCCCUCCUCGGAAUUUAAGCCCUCUGCAAUUCGUUUCUGAGUCUUGUUCUUUGGGAAAACACACGUUGAAGGCACUCUAGCAGGCCUAUCUUCAAUCGCCAAUUCCAUCCUUUUCAUUCGACGGUGGCCCGGAAGCCUGUCGCCACAGCGACGUCAGUGUGACGCGGCAGUGAAUCUGUAGCCACCAGCGACGUGAGCUAGGUUCGUAUACCAUUCGGAUAGUCGAUGGAUACUGUGGCGUGAGAAUGGGUCAGCAGCGCGUCUGUCAAAACCGCGACGUAAGGAUGGCGAGGUGGCGGAUCUGUUUCUACUGCAACGUGAGCUCAGCUCGGUAGCGGAUCAGUAGCUACCGCAGCGUGAGCUUGCAGUGAAACCGUUAAAACCGCGACGUGGGCGUGGCGAGGCGGUGGAUCUGUUUCCACUGCAACGUGAGCUUGGCUUGGUAGCGGAUCAGUGGCUACUGCAGCGUGAUCUUGCAGUGAAUCUGUCAAAACCGUGACAUGGGCAUGGCAAGGUUGCGGAUCUGUUUCCACUGCACCGUGAGCUUGGCUCGGUAGCGGAUCAGUGGCUACAGCAGCAUGAGCUUGCAGUGAAUCUGUUAAAACCGCAACGUGGGUGUGGUGAGGUAGCGGAUCUGUUUCCACUGCAACGUGAACUUGGCUCGGUAGCGGAUCAGAGGCCACCGCAGCCUGAGCUUGCAGGGAAUCUGUUGCAACCACGACGUGGGAAUGGCGCGGCAGUGGAUCCAUUGCCACAGCGACGUGAACUUUGCUCGGUAGCAGGUCCAUGGCUACUGCGGUGUAAGCGUGAUUUGUUGGGAAGUCUGUUGCCACCGCAAUGUGGGCAUGGCUCGGGAGCGGGUCAGUUGCCACUGCAACAUGGGCAUUAGCCAUCAGUGAGUCUGUUGCAACCGCGACGUGGGCGAAGCUCAGCUGGUUAUCUAAUCCCCGCUGAACCUGGGCCAGUUUGGAGCUCUGCCGCUCUAUUUCCGCCCGCAUUUCGUGGUAGAAAACUUUGUGAUCCUCGCGUCGCUGCACCUCUGGAUUUGGUGACCCCUCCUCCCUCUGGGCUGGAAGUUUCGCCACCAGCUCCAGGUCUUCUGGUUUGGUCGUUGCCAGUGAGGAGUGGAUAGACAACGAUGGUGUCUUUGUCGCCGCACAGCGGGAGGUACAAGGGGGGCACCCUGCUUGGGCGUCUCCUCUGGCCGCCACGCGGAGGACCCGGUAAAUGGCCAAGCUGGUUCCCAAAAAAGGAUUGGAGGACGAGGACUUGGCCCUACCAGCCGAAGACACUCGGGAGCUGGAAACAUCUUCUUUUCCUUUCGGCUUGUCCCGUUAGGGGUCGCCACAGCGUCAUCUUUUGCCAUCUGAGCCUAUCUCCUGCAUCUUCCUCUCUAACCCCAACUGCCCUCAUGUCUUCCCUCACCACAUCCAUAAACCUUCUCUUUGGUCUUCCUCUCGCUCUUUUCCCUGGGAGCUCCAUCCUCAGCAUCCUUCUACCAAUACACUCACUCUCUCGCCUCUGAACAUGUCCAAACCAUCGAAGUCUGCUGUCUCGAAUCUUGUCUCCAAAACAUCCAGCUUUGGCUGUCCCUCUAAUGAGCUCAUUUCUAAUCCUAUCCAUCCUGGUCACUCCGAGCGAGAACUUCAACAUCUUCAUUUCUGCCACCUCCAGUUCAGCUUCCUGUUGUUUCUUCAGUGCCACCGUCUCUAAUCCGUACAUCAUGGCCGGCCUCACCACUGUUUUAUAAACUUUGCCCUUCAUCCUAGCGGAAACGCUUCUGUCACAUAACACACCAGACACCUUUCGCCAGCUGUUCCAACCUGCUUGGACCCGUUUCUUCACUUCCUGACCACACUUUCCACCAAUUUCAUAGAAAGAGACAAUUAACAUAUUUAUUAUUUUAAUGCCAUCACACAAUCCAGGAAUAUUACCAAACAUGAUAACAUCUGGUCACUGCCAAAACACCACAAACCAAAUUACUCAAAUAAAAGCCACAAAAAUGUCCAUCGCCUUUAAUAUGGAACUUAUAAAUGUAGUCUGUGUCUCUUUUCGUAUUUAGUUGUAAAUUAUCAAAUUUUAGAUCCCAAACUUGACUGAUUUGACUUCAAACUUGGCUGGGUCCGGCUGCAUCUACAGUUCUUAGAGAGCCAUAUUAGCUUCUCUAUCUCUGUGUGAGAUAGUGGGAGCGGAGGCAGGAUACCUUCAAUAACGGUGAACACACUGGCUGCCAAACCUAUUUCAUUUGGCCUCUGGACUUGAAGGAAGACUUUAUCAAAACUAAUAGGAAUGGGAGCACACGUUAAAAGUUAGUAGAUGAGGGUUCAGUGUUUCUUUUAAUGCCAGAGUUAUCCACAGAUUUCCCCAAGAAACAUCUCUAAAUUGGAAAAGUGUUAUCGAAAUUCCUCUCUCGCUCAGAUAUUCCAAUGAGCCCGGCUGGAAAACUGACAGCCAAUCAAACGUUUGCCAUGCCUGUGCUGCUUCCUGUUCUGACCCCCCAUUGCUCGUGGACACGUUUCACCGAACGGAGAACAUCCACUAUCAGGCAUUUUGUGGCCGAUUUUUGUGAAAAAAUUACAAACAAACAAAACAAAAGUAGCAUAACGUACAACAUUAAAGCUUUGGUGGUUGAGCCCGAAUACACACAGCUGCCAGCUGACUUGUUGGAGAGGGGGCGUGGUACUAACGACGAACAAUAACAGUCCCAUUAUAUGGACCGCGGAGAUUUAAUGGUUUUCUGAGGAGUUGGUUUUGAUGUAGAGAUUAUACAGCAAGCGUGGCCAGACUUUUUUCCCCCAAAAUUGUACUUUUCAAGCAGUCAGCCUCUCUGGAAUGACCGGCGGGGGUAGAAGUUGGUGGGUUUGGGGUGGCGAAGUUGCACGUGCGGAUCCCCGUAAAUAGUAACCAGGAAGUGUUGUGAGCAAGGAGCCAACAAAGUAUAACAACGAGUCGAUGCUCCGUGCAAUUAUUACCCGCCAUUGAGCCAACAAAACAGAAAUAACAGUGUACAAUGUUCAAGAGUUUGAGCCAGAAUACACACAGGCCGAAGUCGAUGUAAUGGGAGGAACGUGGCACUGACGACGAACAAUAACAGUCCCAUGAAAUGGACCGCGGAGAUUUGAUUCUUUUCUGAGGAGUUGGUUUCAAUGUAGAGAAUUUUUCUUCCCCAAGUUGUAUUUUUCAAGCACCCAGCUUCUCGUGUUCGACCGCGGCGGGAAUGGCGGGAGGGGGGGGCAGGGGGUUUGCAUUUACGCAUCUCCGUAAAUCGUAACCGGGAAGUGUUGUGUGCUUACACGUAUAUAUCUAUCCAUCCAUCUUCUUAGCUGCACGAUAGUUGCAGGAAUGCUGGAGCCUAUCCCAGCUGUCAAUGGGCAGGAGGCAAGUUUACACACACGCAGACACGGGGAGAACAUGCAAACUCCACACACGGAAGUCCGGGAUUGAACAGCUGCGCCACAGUGCAGCCUCAUAAAAUAUGUUGUUUCUUAUACAGUAUUAGCACGAGAGGCUAUAACUAAGCAGCUAAUAACCAGUAAUGAUUAGAUGCGUGCAAAUUUCCCCUGCUGGUGAACAAGCCUCAACUGUGACAGCCACAGCUCUAUCCUGUCAGGUUAACUCCUUGGGAGGUUAAAGAAGGAGAAAUUUUGGUGCAUUUUCUCAGUUUUGUUGAACAACACGUCGGCAUCUUGGCUUAGCUAGAACAAAAGGUCUGUAAUGCUAAGUACCGGCAACGUCAGGGGUGGAGUCAAGGAUGUUUCUUCCGCGUUUGGCUGUGAAAGCUGGCACACAUCCAGAUUUUGCUUGGAUUUAAAAAAUAUUCUUUAUUUUCAAUUUUUUUUACAAUUAAUGCCCAAAAUAUAUGUAAUAAUAAUAUUACUUCACAUUGGAGGGUUUAUUGUCUUGUGAAUUUUGGGGAGAGUCUUCCUUUAAAUGCUUAUCCACAUCUCUCUUGUUUUGUUGACUUGUCUGUUUCUGACUACCACUGCUGUUAUACUGUAUAUAUAAGUGUGUGUGUGUGUGUGUGUGUGUGUGUGUGUGUAUGUAUACAGUGUAUAUAUAUAUUUUUUCCCAUGGUUUUAUUCAACAGGAGCUUUAUGUGUGAACUUUGAGGCAACACUAUCUCACCUCUGAAAUGACUGAAAACUUCACCAAUGUUUUGUUUUUGUUUGUUGUGUCACCAAUGUCUUUUACCUGCACCCUUGAAUGUUUUGGUUGCUGAUUUUAACAGCAGAUUUCAGACGAACUUGGACACAGUUAACAACACAACUCCCUUUGAGAACUGUGGAGUAAGUACACUCAAUUAUCCAAUAGUUUGCACAAUUGAAACUCUUUAAUAUGACGCUGAGAAUUUCAAGAAAUGCGUACUUCUCCGAAAUGAUCGCUGACCACAUAAAUAACCCCCAAAUUGUAAAUUAAUCAUAUCUUUAAACAUCUUCCUGUUAAUCCCAACAAAUUAUCUUCCUGAGGGAUUACACAAACCACUUGUGAGUAAACAUUAACAAUACCAAAUCUAAUAUAUAUGUGUGUGUGUGUGUGGUGUGUGUGUGUGUAUAUAUAUAUAUAUAUAUGUUUGUCUUGACACCAGAUAGUUUUGCCUUAGUUAAUGCUAUGUUAACCUUCUCUCAACGGUGAACCUUAUUGUGAAAUUAGAUAUUGACGCAAGUUUAUAAAUGUUUAUUUACAUACCUUCUUUCCAAACAAUGUGACACAAACAGAAGAGUAAUUGUUUUUAUUUCCCCACCUCCUGUUCAUCCAAACCUCUAAAGUUGUCAUCUACAGUAUCAGAGUUGAAGAGCCUUAGAAAGUCUUUGUCACUGUCGAUAACAUUUUCAUCUCGGGUUGUGCCGUUCUCAUAUAGCAGUCCAGCAUUUUGAAAUACAUUGGUGAUUGUUGAUUCUUUGCUUGCUCUUUGAUGCUUUUAAGAUACGAAAAAAAUGGUUAGCCAUUUUUUGUGAAAGUUUUUAAAUUAAUUAAAUAAAAAAUAUAAACCACAUUUUCCACACUGUAAAGCGCUCUGCAUUAUAAGGCACACCUUAAAUGAAUGGGCUAUUUUAAAACUUUUUUUUCAUAAACAGUAUAAUGUGCACUGCAUUAUAAGGCACAAAGAUUAGAUGCUACAGUAGAGGCUGGGUUAGCCAUCUCGCUUUAUUCCCUUGGAAACUGUUUAGUCUUUACUUGGCGCAGAUCAUCUUGUUGUUUCCUCCACUUCCGCACCAUUGAUUUGUUAAUGUUAAAUUCUCUCACUGCUGCUCUAUUCCCCUGUUCUUGUGUGACUGAUCGCCUUGAGUUUAAACUCUGCGUCGUAAGCGUCUUUACAUAAACACACAAAUGCAAAUCAAAUGGCAAGCUUCGCGCAGUCAUAUAUCCCAGCAUGCACCGCGUGCUGCUACUUUUACAGGGGAAAAUAGAUUUUGCAUCCAUGUGUGUCGUGCUGCGUUAUGCUUUGAGCGCACUAAACCUAGUUCUGCAUUUGACACGCUCUGGGUAGCUUCAAUGUCUUCUGCAGGCAAUUGAGGUAGAUUCUUCUACGCUCAGUGGAAGUCGAUUCUUUUUCUCCACACACUUGAGAUAGAUUUUUCUUCUUCUAUGUGCACUGAGGAUAGUCUUCUUCUUCUACACAUUGGAGGCAUCUGCAUAUGCUCGAACCUGCAUUAUCGUGCAUUUUAUAGUGUGACAUCUUUGUCAUGGUCUAUGUGAUAGUUGGGUUGGUUUUGUUUUAUGUUUUCCUGUGUUCCAUGUUUUCCAUGUCCCAUGUACUCAUUUUGCUAACUCUUUAGCUGUUAGCUGUGUCAACCUGUUCGAAUUAACCUCCUCAUUUGUGGUGACCUUUGUUUUCCUCGUUUCGUCAAUCUGUGUAUUUUGAAGAAGUCCGGUCGUUUGGAUUAACAAUGUAUCCAAUCGGCCAUGUCAUAUGUACUUUACCUUGAAAAUUUGAGGUUAAUCCUCUAUCAUUUAAUGGUGUUUUGAGAAGAUUUUCAUCAGCAAUUAUGAAUUUUCAUGGGUGCCGCAAUUUUGGCGUGUCACAUGACCUACAUGAGCAGAUGUGACGUGUUACAUGCACAAAGAAAGAAAUCAUUGCCGGUUUGUAGUGUCUUUACAUGUGGUACUACCACGAUCGGACACAGUAAAAUACCUUACAGUACCUCGAAAUUUUGCCAUAAUUCGGAUAGAAAUAAUCUGCGAAAUGUUCGGUGUCAUGUUCUGCCCAGAAAGAAAAAGAAUCAUUUAAAGGCCGGAAACCGGAGUGCCCGGAGAAAACCUACACAGGCACGGGGCGAACAUGCAAACUCCACAAUUCUCCACACCCACACCUACACACACACACACACACACAAAACUCCACCAAAAAUCUCCACAAUAAUCAAACCCCGGUCCUCAGAACCGUAAGACCAAUGCUUUAUCAGCUGAGCUACCGUGCCGAUGUUGUGGAGGCAGUAUUAAAUGCCACCAAGCCAAAGAUAAUUUCAUUAUCAAUUAGACCCCGGCCACCUUGUUGGCUAAAACAACCUUUCCCACAAUAUAAGGCCGACCUUUCACAGAUCCGAACCAUCCGAAUAUUCAACAAUAUUUACAGCUACAGGUUCAAAUCUUUAUGGAUGUAUUCCUCCGUCUUCCCGAUUAACCUGUACUGCUAUUUCUUCAUCACAUGAGGAAAAAUUCAAGAAAUCAGCGCUGGCCAUAAUUGUUUCCCAAUGUAAGCGAGCAUUUGUUGGGGCAUGUAAUAUGUCACAUCCACACACGUAGGUCAUGUAACUCGCCAAAAUGGCAGCGCCCAUGAAAAUUCCUAAUUGCCGA